AUGGAAAAUACAUCGUAUUCCACUAACACAACCGAUACAACAACUACGUUCAAUUUAACCACGCAGUUACUAACAACGCUGUAUGCAUCAACAGCACGGGCGUAUCAUCAACAAUCAACGGCACUUGAGAAUUCAACAAACGCUACGAUAGAGUACGACGAAGAGGAAGGCGACACUUCUUCCAAACUGACGCUUGCACUGUUAGGCCUAUUGUUCAGUGUGUUUAUUAUUGUGACGAUCGUGGCCAACCUCCUCAUCCUGGUAGCCUUCGGAACGCACGAGAAGUUGAGGCAUCGUCCCACGAACCAUUUUUAUGCCAGCCUGGCUAUUUCAGACUUGGCCGCCGGGUUGCUGGUGCACCCACUCGCCGCCUAUGACAGCUUGCUCGACAUGUAUGGUUGGCAGUUAGGUAAAGUGUGUUGUAUUGCUUGGCUAUCCAUUGACUAUUUUGUAUAUAACGCAUCUAUCUACUGUAUGUGUGCCAUAUGUUUGGAUCGUUAUCUAUGUAUUGUCCACGCCGUAUACUACCGAAAUAGAAGGUCGACGAAAAUUGUUCGCAAUAUGAACAUUGUAGCCUGGGUUCUUGGCUUUAUUGUGUCUGUUCCAGCCAUGGUGUUGUGGGAUACAUUGGUAGGCUACUCUAUAAUCGAUUACGGUACAGAGUGUUUUGAAGAAUGGAUGGACAAUAUGCCUUAUGUUAUUGCUAACAUGGUACUCACCAGUAUAUUGCCAUUUUUGAUAAUAUCCUUACUCUAUCUGAGAAUCUACAUCGCAGUAAGGGAGGGCUCGAAAUCAAAGGCCCAACAAACAUAUACAGUUAGUGAAAACGGAAAAAUAGUUGAAUUAUCUGAAAGGGGUGAAACCCGUGGGCCAACUAUAACUGAGAGGGCAGUGGGUACCUAUCCGAUUCCAAUAGAGGAAACACGAUCAAGGGAAAAUACAGAUAAUCAUGGAGAGCAGAGUAGCACCCCGGAAGCCGAGAGUGCGAAUGUGUAUACAAACAAUACAACUUUUAAUCAUAUCGGUGGUGAUAAUCCGGUGUUUGUAAUAGACGAUCACCUAGAUAACAUACCCUCAAAGAACAAGUAUGUGAAUAAGGACACAAUAUUAACGAAUACUGGUAUAGACAGACGUUUGUCGAAUAAUACAGUCGAAAAAAGCACAACGAACGUAAACAAUGGAAUAAACGAUAUUGCCAAGCUUACUGUGGCCACAGUUUCACCAAAAUAUAAUGUGAAGUCUCGUGUAUACUCUAAACGGACCAGAGACAGACGAGCAGCAAAGGUGUUGGGUCUGUUGGUGGGGUUCUUUUUGUUAUCGAACAUGCCGUUGACAAUCGCUAUGAUUUGGGAUUCCUUUUGCACGUCAGUAUGUCUGCCUUCUACUCUGCUGAGCAUUGCUUAUUGGUUGCAGUAUUCCAACUCUAUUGUCAAUCCCUUCUUAUAUGUUUACAACGAUAAGGAAUUCCGAAACGCUGUUGUCAGAGUUGUCAUGGGAACACUGUGUUACUGUCGGUUAUAG